AGGGUUUCGAUUGUCCUUAGACGCUGCACGAAAGCUGCGAAGGGUUAUCCUACCAACCGAAAUCAGAAUGAAGUUCAUUGCCGCUGUCUGUGUGCUGUUCGCCCUGCUGGGAAUCGCCUUCGGCCUCAAGGAUCCUGUCUGCGGACUGCCCCCAAAUGCUGAUGGUCGCUAUGGUAUCGUUUGCAAGGCCUACAUUCCCUCCUUCAGCUACCAUGCCGAUAGCAACUCCUGCCAGCGCUUCAUCUACGGAGGAUGUGGAGGCAACGACAACCGAUUCAUGUUCAAGGAGUACUGCGAGCAGAAGUGCAAGGAGUAAUGAUCCGGAACGCAAAUGAUCCGGAACCCAAAUUAUUCGGAAAUGAAUUAUGCCAAAUAAAAGACCUUUCAAUAGAUAACAUGA